AUGGCAAAGGCUAAGAUUAAGAAUAGUGUGAUCAAAUUGAUCUCUACAGCAGCGACAGGGUAUUCCCGAUAUAUAAGCGUAAAGAAAGGUGCCCCCUUAGUUCAUCAAGUUAGAUACGAUCCAGUGGCGCAACGUCAUGUUCUCUUUAAAGAAGCUAAAAAGAGGAAAAUUGCUGAGAGGAAGCCUCUCACCUUUGCAAGAGGUGGUUAA